AUGUCAUUUUCCGAAAAAAGGCACAAAAAUGAGAAUUCGCUUCUAGAUAAUCCAAAGCUUUGGCUUGAAUGUGCCGAAUUGGAUGAAACGUUGAACGGCUUGAUUGAAAAGCAUUGCGAGGACCAAGUCGAAUUGCAACGAGCUCUGGAACAUAUCUAUCGAUUACUGCAGGAGAAGAAAAUUCAAAAUUUGAGGUUUGGCGCUUCGUUUUUCCGCAAACUAAUUGAUUCGCUUUUGGUCAGAAAUGAAAGAGUUAGACAAAGUCCUCAGUUAGUGGCAAAUGUCUUGGCCUGUGUGAAGCUAUACAUACAGAUAUCUGCCGAUGAGGGGGAGGAUGGCAAAUUGCUAUUGAAUCAGCUUUUGUCGUUUUGUCAAGAUCUUCAGGCGCAACCCAAUAUCGCUCAAAUACUUGUUAAAAUGUUUGAUGAUUUCGAGCAUGUGUUGGGCGUGGAAUUUGUAUGCUCUGAUGGGCUCUACUGCAUCCUACAACGGCUGUUGCAAUCAGAACGACAAGAUCGCAUAUCGGCCUACUUCAUAAUGGAAAAACUACAUUUUGUCAUAAUUGGGGCGGACUCGACUGAUGAGAUGCUGACAGAGACGCUCAAACGCUGGGGUUGGUCCGAUCGCGAUCAAUAUGAACAAUAUUGGCGCAAAUAUAUCAGAAUUUGGAAGCAUCUAGAGGAGCAAGAUCCGAAGCUGGUGGUGGAAACAUUGCACGAAUGUGUUCCGCACAUACUAAAGAUCCAAAUUUCUAACACUUGGCUACGUAUUUUAUUCAUCAACCUGUUGAGAGAUAAUCAAAACAUCUUGGUAAAACGCGGGACCUUAGAGUAUGUAGUCAAAUACAUGACUAUGUCCGAACUGAUUCAGAUGGAUGUCCUACACGAAUUCCUGAUGGCCACCAACAAAUCGGAACUUUACAAUUUCGAGGACUACUUUUUGCCAUCCAUCGAUAUGAAACGCUUUCUAAUGCGCAAUGAAAAGCCUGCAUUCAUGGAGACCUUAGUUACGAUCGAUUGGCGCCCAGUGGCUCUGCUCUAUUGGGUGCGCAGCCUGGAACCCGAGCAAUUGGACGAAUUGCCAACCAUUGAUAAGGCGCAGUUGAUCAAAUUGGCUGAAUGCGUGCGUGGUUUGAAGAAUUGGGAAUUGCGAGACCGCGCCAAUGAACAUUUGCUUGAAACUUUUACGGCCACUAUCAACAGUUUGUCGUUCAAGGAUUACAUGGACUUUAUCGAUGCACUUUUCAAUGUCGGAGACACGUUUUUAGAAUUCAAAUGCUUGGCAGAUAAAAUUGAAAAAUGCAAACACAUUGGCAUUGAAAUGCAGCAGUUUGAUAAACGCUACUAUGACAAAGUUGUGGGUCUGAACUUUCGGUAUAGAGGCCUGUGCCAUGAUUUUGUUGUUGGCCUAAUUAAAAAACUAAAAGGUGUUCCCCAAAUACAGCAUGGCUGGUGGCGUUUUUUCAUUGUUUUUCAUUGGUAUUAUUUGCCAAUAGAAAUAAAAGAAGAGUAUUUAGAAUUUAUACGCACUGAGUACGACAUAAAUAUCGAACUGCUGCAGAAUUGCAAAGAUCCGAAAGAAUUGCAAAUGCACUUGCUUGACAAGCUAAGCUGUCGGACCGAAGAGGAAAUCUCUCUAGUAAAAGCAAGAAGUGUGGAUAUUUUUGUCACUCUAAAUAUAAAGAAGUGGAGCAAUAUUGAGGAGUUAAAUUUAACGCCGCUGGAGCUAUUGGAUGAAGGCACACAAGAAACAUAUGCUAGUCUGACAAAAAUACUCCAAUCGCACACAGAGCGUUUGAAAGAUGACGCCGUGCUACUCAGACUCGUUGAAUUGCUGAAGAAAUAUCUGGGAGGACAUCAGGUUUAUGACACUAUAUCGUGCAUUUUGUCUUACGCACACAAUCACCUUAGUACAAAGGAGUAUGAACAGCUUGUGGCAAACAUUUUAAAUGUUGAUCGAAGUAAUUGGUGGCUGACUAAUAUGACCUUUCAGUUUGAAAACAUCAUUCCCAGACCAUUACGUAUACGAGGAAUAAUUUAUAGCUUGCCCACUACAGGGGAAGCGCGAAUUGAAUCCGCCUACGAACAAAGCUACUUUGACAAAAUGACGUUUGUCCCAUGCUUACGAUAUAUAAUUAGUAUGGAAGUUCAAGAGGAAGUGAACGCCAUAAUUGAGGAACUAUUAUGCAUCAACAAUCAAUUGACGGAAGCACUGCCUGAUUAUUCUGAACUGUCUAUGGAACAUCGAAUAAAAAUCCGUAUUGCUAGAGCUUUGCUCGGCUUAACAAACAGUAAACAAUAUUGGUCAGAACACCUGUGGACUGCAUUAUUUGCACCCAAAGACCAGCUCAACGUCAGUUAUAUGUUCGAGUGCCUGGUAGCCCGACAAUUGCCAGAGUUGGCAAUGCUUUUGAAAAGAUUAAAAAGUUUACUCACAUUCGAGCCUAGACAAAGACUGUCUCUUAUAUCUGUCGCUCAUAUUUAUUGCAUGACGAAUUUGGAUAAAUUAAGUCCAUCGGAAUUGCAGGAAGUCGUCAGUUUACUUUUACCCCAAAUAACGGAUGCGAACUGUGAAGCACAGCUCCUGGCUCAGAUGGUUAUACAUAGGCUGGCUGUGAAGUGUGAGGAGUGCAGCAUUACUUUGCCUGUUCUGGUAUCUCUAAAGACCGAUAUAGGGCGAGCCUUAGGUGAUGAAAUUGAGAAGUACGAGGAGGACGCCCGUCUAAUUUUGCCCGAUAUUUUUAACGAGAGCGACCUAAUUUUGUAUAUUACAAAUGCGCCGUUUGACGAAUACAACUUAAACACAUUUACUUACACAAAUGAACCGUUAAAAUUGAAACUUAAAACUCUGCGAUGCAAUUUUGUGGCACAGCAAAAGAACAGAAAAAAAGAAGCAACUUUGGAUUCUUUAAAAAGAAAUUCGACCAAUAUUCCAGGUAUUAGUGAUUUAUUCCCCGAAAGUAACCUAACUUCCACCUAA